CCAGCGGCUUUUGUUUUGUGUUUAUAAAAGACGCCGUCUCCCUCGCCUCGCCGUCACGGACGCAGCCAAAAAGCUCUGCUCCGGCCACCUCUUCUUCUUCGGCCUCGAGUUCGAUCGAGGAGUAAUACGAGCAGAGCCGAGCACGCGACGCGACGCGACAAAAGCUCGUGGCGAGAGGUGGCGAAAUGCCAGCAGCUGCUGCUCUUCCCAUUGCGUAGCAGAACCUCGUGGGUCGUGCGUGCGUGUCCUUGCUCGCCGCUGCUGCUGUCGUCUGCCGUUGCCAUCGUGUGACGGUGUGAAGGGAUCGGAUCGGAGCAAGGGGGGGAAAUCAAGUAAGGUUCAAGAAAUGGCUUCGCGCGGCCACCUGCUGCUAGCGCUGCUCGUGCUGGCCGCGGCGGCGACUGCGGCGGCGAGCGGCGGGCGGCACCAGCGGCCGCGCGGGAGGAAGCCGGCGCGGCCACGGCUGGAGCUCGUCCCGGCCGCGCCGGGCGCGUCCCUGUCCGACCGCGCGAGGGACGACUUGCACCGCCACGCGUACAUCCGGUCCCAGCUAGCUUCGUCCCGCCGCGGGCGCCGCGCCGCCGAGGUGGGCGCGUCCGCGUUCGCCAUGCCGCUCUCGUCGGGGGCCUACACCGGCACGGGGCAGUACUUCGUGCGGUUCCGCGUGGGCACCCCCGCGCAGCCGUUCGUGCUGGUGGCGGACACCGGCAGCGACCUCACCUGGGUCAAGUGCCGCGGCGCGGGCGCCGCCGCCGGAACAGGCGCUGGGUCGCCGGCGCGCGUGUUCCGCACCGCCGCGUCCAAGUCGUGGGCGCCCAUCGCGUGCUCCUCCGACACGUGCACCUCCUACGUGCCCUUCUCCCUCGCCAACUGCUCGUCGCCGGCCAGCCCCUGCGCCUACGACUACCGGUACAGGGACGGCUCGGCGGCGCGCGGCGUGGUGGGCACCGACUCGGCGACCAUCGCGCUGUCCUCCGGGAGCGGGCGCGGCGGCGGAGACAGCAGCGGCGGCAGGCGCGCGAAGCUGCAGGGCGUCGUGCUGGGUUGCGCCGCCACGUACGACGGGCAGAGCUUCCAGUCCUCGGACGGCGUGCUGAGCCUGGGCAACAGCAACAUCUCCUUCGCGUCCCGCGCCGCCGCGCGCUUCGGUGGCCGCUUCUCCUACUGCCUCGUCGACCACCUGGCGCCGCGCAACGCCACCAGCUACCUCACCUUCGGCCCGGGCGCCACCGCGCCCGCCGCGCAGACGCCGCUGCUGCUCGACCGCCGGAUGACCCCGUUCUACGCCGUGACGGUGGACGCCGUGUACGUGGCCGGCGAGGCGCUCGACAUCCCCGCGGACGUGUGGGACGUCGACCGGAACGGCGGCGCGAUCCUCGACUCCGGGACAAGCCUCACCAUCCUCGCCACCCCGGCGUACAGGGCCGUGGUGACCGCGCUCAGCAAGCACCUCGCUGGGCUGCCCAGGGUUACCAUGGACCCGUUCGAGUACUGUUACAACUGGACCGACGCCGGCGCGCUGGAAAUCCCCAAGAUGGAGGUGCACUUCGCCGGGUCCGCGCGGCUUGAGCCGCCGGCCAAGAGCUACGUCAUCGACGCGGCGCCCGGGGUGAAGUGCAUCGGCGUGCAGGAGGGCUCGUGGCCCGGGGUGUCGGUCAUCGGCAACAUCCUGCAGCAGGAGCACCUCUGGGAGUUCGAUCUCAGGGACCGGUGGCUCCGGUUCAAGCACACGCGCUGCGCCCUAUGAUGAUUGAUGACGGACGCCGCGCAUGCAUAAUUCGUCUAUCGUCUUGAUAAAAUUUAAAAAUUGUAACGACCCUGGAGGCAGUGGGUCUUCUGAAUGAAAAGAUCAAUUUUAGUGCAAUGGCAAAUCGUUCACUGCAGGGAUGAAUCUUCUUAA